GACCAAUAGCAGCAGGGGGUUGGGCUUGUGGAGACUUUCUGAGUUUGUGAGAGAGUUGAAAGAAAGAAGAAAGAGACGUAGCUGAAGCUAGCUCGCAGGCUAGCUGAAUGCCCUACCGUGUCGCAGAUGUGUCGAAAGCCACGGGAAAGGACGGAAUGUGGGGGCUUGGAUAUAUAAAACUGGGAAUGGGGUUGUUUGUAAGUAACGCGGUUAUUGGACCGAUCGGUUCGGUGACAGUGGAGGCAGCGCUGACCGAGAGCCGGCUGCCUUGUGUAGGAGUGAACAACCAGAGCUACUUCUGUGAUUCGGGCCACUGCUGUGGAGAAUCUCAGUGUUGCAGCUAUUACUACGAGGUGUGGUGGUUUUGGUUGGUUCUGACUCUCAUCAUCAUUCUGGGCUGCUGCUGUGUGUGUCACCACCGUCGAGCCAAACACAGACUGCAACAGCAGCAGCGGCAGCAUGAGAUCAACCUCAUCGCUUACAGAGAAGCCCAUAAUUACACAUCUCUACCCUUCUAUUUCAGGUUCCUGCCUGGCUACCUCUUACCCGCAUACGAGGAAGUCGAGAACAGACCUCCGACGCCCCCGCCUCCGUACAGUGCCUCUCAGCCAGGCCAGUCCACCAGCACUGACCCCCUGUGCUCUGAACAACCAGAUGAGCUCUGCACUCCACUGGAGUCCAGCCCCGUCAUCCCGUCUGCAUCUGACAACUGUUCCCCGCGACCCUGCGUAGAGCAGUCACAUACUCCCACUGCACACCGCCCUGUCAGAAACACCCACAAACCACAGUACCUCAGCCGAGAAGAGGACGGGCAGCCCCAGCAGGUGACGUGCGCUACCUCACACAGCCCGGUCAAACAGGGCAGCUCCGGCGAGGAUCUGACUGAACCCGUAGAAGACUGUUCUCCCGAAAGCAAAGAAAAGACUCCGGGACGCCACCGGCGCUUCACAGGUGACUCUGGGAUUGAGGUAUGCAUUUGCAACCAGGGGCCCAGGGACGGAGAGGAAGAGGAGGAGAUGAAAGAGCUUGUGGGGCACAUGGAUGGAGGGGUGCUCGAGCAGCAGGACUUCUGUGAUAGCUGCAACCCCCGCAGCAGCAGCCACCCUCCUCGUGGUCCGGGGGAUGAGGAACAGGGCCUGGCUGCCUCAGAUGUGCCUCUAGAGCAAAGAGAGCAUCAGCGACCUCCAGUCUGCCUCCAUCUGCACACCAUCAACGAACAGGACGGUCCACAUCACGCUAAUAACACGGACCCCCAGAGUUGAGCACAACUGGUUCCAGCAGAGACUUACUUUAGACUGCUGUCUCCCUUUACUUUCUCAAGAUACAUCAGUUUGUACUGUCAGCAGUGUCACUUUGGGUGUGUGUGUGUGAGAGUGAGAGAGAGUUUUAAAAGGGCGUUAAUGUGUGAGUCCUUACGGUUUUUAUGGAUUAAUAGGGUAAUCUAGUAAAGACGUUAAUAGGUCUGUUGUCUCACAGGGAGGUCAUGAUCAAAGCCACGGGAAAUUUUCCUCAGUUUAUAGCCUUAUCAAGCUCUGAGUGACAUGCCUGUAGGCUUUUUGUUGGUUUUUGAGGGCUGAUUGCCUCCACCUGAGAUGAAGAUGGCACUCAAGGUCGGGGGAUACUGAUUUGUGCUGGCUUUUGUUCCUGAAUUCUUACCUUUAAUAACAUGUUAAAAUACUUAAAGGGACAGUUCACCCAAAAAUGAAAGAUCUGUCAUUAUUUAGUCACUCUCAUGGCAUUCCAAACGCACAAGACUUUGGUUUAUCUUUAAAACACAAAGAUAUUUUUAAUAAAACCCGAGAGAUCCAUUUAAAAAAGUCUAUUCCACUAAAAGUUGAUGCUUCAAAAAGUUCAAGAUUGUAAAAUAAAUCCAUAUGCAUAUACAGUACAUAGAGCACAUCAAAUAUGGUAAAUAAAAGAUGAAACAAACGUGAUGCACGAGAACCAGUGACGUUUCUUCUUACACAUCAAGCAAGUACAGUUGAACUUCUGUUUCUAUGGGUUCCUUGAUCAGUGUUUAUAUGUGAAUAAAAGCUUAAAUAAAUUUCAAAGGAAGUACAGAAAUUAUGCAGGUUUGAUUAAAAGUAUCUUUAUUUUUGUUUAAAAGAAAAUCAAAAGUCUUGUACAUUUGAAACGAUAUGAAGAUGAGUAAUUUUUUGGUGAAUUAUCGAUUAUAUAUUGUGCACAAAAAAAAGGAAAAGUUGGCCACAGAGCAGUCUGUUAAUACUUCAGAGCUUUAAUAUUCAGUUGUUGUUUCUUGUUUUUAUUUCUUGUCUUUUUUUUCCAAAAAUGUUUCAUCUGGAGUAGCUGCAUGAUGCUAUUCAGAAAAGUGAAGGAAAGUAAUUAUCUCAAAUAUAUAUUUUUUGUAUCAAUAAGUGACCAUGCUCCCUACCUAACAGGGUAUGGUUGCCGUUUGGUUUGUCUCAUCAUUGUAUAACAUGGUCUCGGGCUUUAUCCAAUUUUUUGCAUGAUUAUUUGCAUAAACUGAAUAGAUCCACAUGCUAUAUAGUAGUACAUUUUGAAGUUCAUUGUGCAAAGACUCUUUAAAUGAAGGCUGAAAAUACCUUUGUAUAGACUGAACCCAGCUUGUACAUUUACUCUAGGUGCCUUUGUUGAUUUGAGUAGUUUUCAUAUGCCUUAAAGAGAAGAGUGUGUGUUGUAGAAUUUCUGCAUUAAAAUAAUUAAGGGCCAGUAUGAGUGAAGAUUUUGGUCAGUGGUAACGUCUUGUUUGAAAGGAUCACUUAAUAAGCCUUCCAUCGAAACAUAUCAUUUAAAUAUGGAAUUUCAUUAUUCUCCCAUAGUGCUUUUAAGUUGUUUUUGUAUCUUAACACUGUAAUGGAACUCUUGCACCACUAACAGUAACUUAUGUAUAGGCCUUAUUACGCUUUUAAUUUGCAUUUUAUUGUAGCAGAUCAGGUAAGGUUACUGUCAUGUUAGUGUAGCACUUACGUCGGGUUCAUGGUGAGAUUGAGAUUUGUUUUUCUGUGGCGGUGAGACUGUCCAAAGCUGCUCCACUGCAUUCCCUACACUGUGUGUGUGUGUGUGUGUGUGUGAGUGAGUGAGUGAGUGAGUGAGUGUGUUUGUGUCAUUGUAGGUUCCUUUAAGUGGAUCGUUCUUCAGCCCACUGUGUUUGUUUGACCUUUGGUUUGGAUUAGCAGUUAGCUGUUCUAUAAUAGUCUUAGCUUGGGCACAGAUGGCUUUUCAGCCCUGUUGAUCUUCAGAUCAGAGUGUUUCUGUGUAAAUGGUGGCUAAUUUUCUUUCAAAUGUGAUGUGGCUGGUAAUUUAGGUUCCUAGUGUGUUGGCUGGAAAAACCGGUUUGGGAGGCAGAUUUUAACAUUGACGUAGUGCCUUCAGAAAUAUUUAUGUAGCAGUAUUGUUUGGCUAAACCUAAUAUUGAGCAUUUGAAAUGAUUUGGACCAGUUAUAGCAUCAUAACAUUUGACCGAUUAAGUGAAAGCAUGAAGCUACGAAAACAGUAAAGAGAACAAGUCAUCUAUCGCAGUAAUGGUGCUCAUGUCGCUCUAGUCAACAUUGUUUUCUAUCGUCCUUUGAUGUUUGAGACCAAAGGUAUUGAUUAAAAGUGGAAAUUUGAGUCACUAUGUUGGGUAGCUCACUGUGAAUGAGAUGUUCAUUCAUUUUGUCUGAAAAAGUUGUCAUUGCACUGUUUUGACACUGAGCAGUGAGUGUGUUUGUGUGUUUGAAGGCGACGAAGGCUUUGCAAGCCAAUUGCUUUUUUUUUUCUCUUAAGCUUUAAUUCCAGCCUGGUACUACGUUUUAGUUUUGUAUCCAUAGUCACUUUCUUUUUAUAUAUAAAACUGUAUUUUUCGCAUUUUAUAAGAAGACUCAACCAAAUUAAUGAGUAUCAAAGAAUGUUCCGUAUGAAUAAAAAAAAGCUGUUAAAACCAA